UGGUUCAGUCCACAAAAUACUAAAAGCCCAUUAAUUCCGAUAUCCAAAAUAAAAGGAAGAAUAAGAAAUAUUUCAAUUCUAUAAUUGCGUAUUCUCCAAAAAUAAUAUUAGUGGUUAUUGUUAUAGGCGUAAAUCGAAUAUUCAAAAUAAUAGAAAUGGCAAAAGCAUCUACCUCAAAUAAAUCCACUAAAGAAAUUAUCAAUAUAAAAGAAGCUAAAAAAGAUGUUAGUUCCUUUUCGGAAAAAAUUCUUGGAGAUAUCAGUAAAACUUCUGCCACCAAGCAAAUGAUACUGGGUGUAUCUUCUGGUUGGAUGACUGGAUUUAUGGCUAUGAGAGUAGGCAAACCUGCAGCUUUAGCUUUAGGAGGGGGCAUCAUUUUAUUACAGAUAGUUAAUGAGAAAGGUCUUAUCAAAAUAAAUUGGGAUAAAGUAAACAGACAGAUAGAUAAUGUAGCUGAUAAAGUUGAAGAGGCUGUAACUGGCCAACAACCUACAAUGCUUGAUAAAGUUGAACGAUUUGUGGACAGAAAAAUAACUAAAACGGAAGAUGUGCUUAAAAGUAAGGGACAAAAAGCUAAACGAUGGUAUGCAAAAUUACUAGGAGAGGAACAAAUGCAGCUCAAAGAGAUGCACAUCUUUGUUGUAUCAUUUGUUGCUGGAAUUGCUUUAGGAAUUGGUAGUUCCUAAGAAAAAUAUUAAAUACUACAUAAGCAAUAGAUAUGGAAUAAUUAUGGUUUCUUGUGGAACCAAAUGAUAUCUUUUCAAAAUACCAAUAAUUUUAAGGAAUGAAAUAUUAAUAGAUGUUGUUGAUAACCUAUUUAUUUGUUUUCAAUUAGUACUAAUAUUUAUUAUUCGAUCAGUUAGUGAACAUUAUCUUAGAUUUGAGAUAAAAGAUUCAGUAUGUUAUUUUUAUUCUUUAUGUCAAAUAUUAAUUGCUUAAAAGAAUAAUAUAUUACUCUUUCUGUUAGAGUAGUGAUAUUUAUGUUAAGUUAAUAAUUAUUUUGUUUCACUAAUUAUAAGUAGAGUUGUUUUAACAAUAGAUAAAAUAAAUAUUUCAAAAAUGUGAAAA